UGGCAGAGUGCCCAAACAACGCAACUGUUCGCAGCUUACAAAACUCAAUCGGCAUCGACGACUCGGGUCCAGGUAACUUGAAAGGACGCAUCCGGAUGGAACACACGCAGAAAGACUAUUCGAUUCGACACAAGGCUCAAGCCCAUAAAUGGAUACCUGGGUUCUGCAGGCAGUGGACCAGGGACAGGGCGAGAGCCUGAGCAGCCAAUCUAUCCCAGGACUCAUCCAGGCGAAUUCAAUGAUGGCCCUCAAAUGUAAGGUACAUAGCUACAAGCGGGUGGAGUCACGUGCGUGCUCCACUCGACGCAUGGUGUGCUCCAGCAGGACUGGUUCCCAUUGGCAGAGAACUUCAGAACCAACAACAUCGAUGACUAAGGUCGUCCGCAUUAUCAUCCCUCCUCUUACGCAACUUGCUGUAUCAUCAAGAGUAGAAACUGUUGAUGCCGUUCUCCUUCAUUUUGUAGACUAUCCUCGUUUCAGGUGCAAGAGCCCCGUCAAUACCGCGUGGCUAAUAUCACCUCACCAAUCUGCCAGUUGUGGAUUGGGCCUAGCUGUCCUGGGGUGGCAUGAUAAGCCGUUUAACUUGGACAAAUGUUAAAUGUUACCACUGCACAAAAUAACUUCAACUAACGAAAUGUUCUAU